AUGAGGGAGCAGAAAAAAAUAGAAGAAAGAUUUGAGAGAAGGUCGGCAUCCAGCAAUAUAGGUCAGAUUAAUGACGUUGUGAUGACCCAGAAAAAAUCUCCGGCGAAUGAGAGCACUCGAAACGAGGUCAAAGUAAUUGAUAUCACCAGUCAGGUUGACCUUUGCCAUGCUAGAGCCACUCCAGUGUUCAACAGUGUGGCGAGUGAUUCGCCUUACAUGUCUCCGAUGUUACAGCAACAACAACAUUCGCAACUGCAACAACCACAUCUGCAGCAACAGUCUUACCAGCAACAACAACAGCAACAGAGACAACAACAUCUACAUCAACUACAAACAUUCUCGCCACACAAUUUCCCGCGACAACAACAACAUCAACAACAACAACUCCCAUUCCAAAUACUGAAACUUCAACAACAAAAGCAACCUAGACAACCCGAUUUUUCAACACAACAACAACAAUAUUAUCAACAGCAGCAACAGUAUCAUUAUCAAAACUUCCCGCAACAACAACAGCUUUACAAUGUUAAAUCUUCUUAUGUUGUGACGAGCUUAUUGAAUGCAACACCUUCCCAACAGCAACAACAACAACGCAGAGACAUUUUAAAAACAUUUGUACCCUACCCAACACUCAACAAAAACUCAACAAAUGUUGCCAACAACAACAGUAACAACGAUUUACACUGCAACGCCACAGCAACCGUUGCAAAAAAUAUGCAACAACAAUAUCAACAACAUCAACAAUUUUCAACUCGCAAAUCAAACAACAAAAAUAAAAACGACAUCAACAAAGACGAUGCAGAUGACGACGACGACAUUAAUGGUGAUGGCGACACCGAUGACGACGAUGAUGACGUAGACAACCAAGAUGGCACCAGUUAUAUUUAUGACGAAAAUUCUGCUAGAUAUUUUAGAACUUCCGCUUUUAGUGGUACCACCACUGCUGUCGGCGUAACUUCUAGCAUUGAGAACACCACUGGUGUUAUUGGCUGUGGCAUCGAAGGUGAAGGUCGUCAGGGCAACAUAAGACCUGGCGCCCACGCUGGCUAUGAGCUGCUUAAUUUGAAGGACAGUUACGUUUGA